CGGUUUUAGAACGCUGCCAUUUUCGUUUUGUGGCACGGUUAUAGCGGCAGUCUGAGUGAAAUUAUUCUUUAAAAUUUAACAAUUAUUAUUUAUUUGUGGACUUAGUGUUUGAAUUAGAGUAUAAAGUGUUCGACUGCCAGUGAAAAUCACACAGUUUAUUACCACUAGUGGAUUUUCUAUCAAAUAAUUGUUGACUUCCUUGGGUGGAACGGUGAUGUACACGAGGUAGCAGCCCAGGUAUGCCGCUGCCGAAGCGCUGCGUCGAGCCGGUGCACGUGUCUCGCGGCACCGUCCCCGAGCGCCUGGCCGUACCCUCCGAGCUAGAGGCCGUCACCAAUGGCACCCUCGCCAACACAGUCAGGCAACUAUCAUCCCUCUCUAAGCAUGCAGAGGACAUGUUCGGUGAGUUGACCCGCGAGGCUACCGGCCUGGCUGAGCGGACGAACGUGUUGCAGGCGAGAAUAGACCGCCUCGCCAUCAAGGUCACACAACUGGAUUCAGGGGUUGAAGAAGUGACGCUCCAGGACAUACAAAUGCGGAAGGCGUUCCGUUCGGCUAGGAGCUUCCAACAGCAGCUGUUCUCUCGUACGAGUAUGCCGUCGGCCAUGCUGGCGACGUACGCGCGUUGCGAUCGACCACCACCGCUUGAAAAACUCAACGAGUUCAGAGACGAUGGCAGGGAUGCCAGGAAGUUCUACACUGACCCGGACUACUUCUUCGAGCUGUGGCGCAGAGAGAUGCUGCAGGACACCGAGAGGAUCCAACAUGAUAGAGGGAAGAAGGUUCGGCAACCGCGUAACAACAACACUGAAGGCAGAUCAGCCCGUCGUGUCCGUGUGCCACAUUCUACCAGGGACAGGCAGAAGGCGGAUGCGGUGACACGAGGAGAACACAUCAUGGCUCCCAGCCAGCUCAGGAGAUACAACAUAGACUACCGGGAGAAUAAACAGGAACAGGUUUAUCAGACAACAACAGUAACCGACGGUGGUUACCGAGCCACACAGAACAGGCCACCCAUAACACAACCGGCUCGACCCAACUCCAUCGAAAUAGAAAACCAGCAGAAUAGAACCUCGAGGCUCACUGGCAAUGGACAUGUAAUGUCUGAUGAGAGUCCAUACGGUGGUGUAGAGAGUAUUUACGGUAGUGCUGCCGGUACACCGCGCCGGGCCAGGCCUUCGAUACCUCCUCCCGCGCCCCCCGCAACAAUCGGGGAUUCCCCCUCGCAACACACGCCUACCAGGGCUCAGGCCAACGGUUUCGGCUGUACCGAUUACGAGACAGUUGUGAGGUCUUCUCUGCCGCCCCCGCCCCCGCCCCCGGAGUCACCGCACAGUGUGAACGGAACCUCUCCGCCGCACCGCACCGCCCUGGACAAGCAUCUCGACCAGAUGCACGCUGUUAUCGGAAUGAUGUCAUCAGAGGAACUGCCGCCGCGGGUCCCUUCGCCCCCAUUGGCGCCUCCGGCUCCAUUAGCGCCCCCAGCGCCUCCGCCGCCAGAAGAAGACCGCCCUCGGCCUCCGUCGCCGGCUUCGCUACUCAGGGGUGCUUCCGCUCUCAAACCUCCCAGGCCCUCCGCGGACCCCGCACCGGACCCGCGCUCCGACCUCCUCAAAGCUAUACGUGAAGGAAUCAAGUUACGCAAAGUGGAGAAACGAUGCGAAGAAAACACGGGCAAAUAUAAUACACUGAGGGGCGCGCCGCCAUUGUUAGACGUGGCGUCUAUUUUGGCUCGACGCGUGGCCGUCGAGCAGAGCGACACCGACUCCGACAACGAGUCGGACUCCGACGACUCCGACCAGUGGCCGGAGCCGCGGGCGUGA